CAGUUUUGCAACUUCCUAAAUUAGGUAAAAAGCUGCAUCAUCAAGAACCUGCAGAAAACUGAAAAGUUUCUAAAAAUAGUAGUACUGAUCAUCAGGAAAAAUGGAAAGUGGCUUGAGGUCUAAUUCAGCACCAAAAUUGGAAAGAAAGUAUGUGGAGAAGAAUAGAAGGAACAAUAUGAAGAACCUCUAUAAUCAGCUUCAUUCCCUGCUCCUUAAUCAUGCCUCUAGUAAGGAAACAUUGGCAUUGCCAGAUCGAAUAGAUGCAGCAACAAAUUACAUAAAAAGCUUAGAAACCAAAUUGGAGAAGAACAAGAUGUACUUAGAAGAAUUAAGGAUUAGCUGCAGAAAAAGGCCCCGAUCAGUCAAAGCAACUAAUGAGCUGCCCAGCUCAAGCACCAAAUCACUCCCUCAGAUUGAAUUUCACGAAAUGAGUCCAACUAUGUUCGUUGUUUUGAUCACUGGACUUGAUAAUUUAGCUAUAUUUUAUAACAUCAUUCGAUUAUUAAAUGAGGAAGGUGUUGAAGUUUUAUAUUCCAGCUUUUCACUCAAUGGAAAUUCUACUUUGCAGAUUUCUCUUGAAACUAAGGUAAGUAUACCCAUGAAGCAAGGGUUCAUUUCACUUAUGGUUAUUCAACUAUCUUUCAAUUUCACUAAAGUCAUAUAACUAUUUUUUAUCACUUAAAAGUAACUAAACUUUAUCAUUAUCACUUAAAAGUCAU